CGUGAACUGAACGCAAUGGCCCGCUUCGAUGUAAUGGGAGAACAGAGAGGAAGCCAUCUUUUCACCGGCCGCCAUUGUUGGAGCUCUUUACAGCAGCAGCCACACCUGUUGCCUUUUGUGGGUUCUGGUCGCUCAGGGGAGGACUUAGCCAGCCCGAUGGAUUAUACAGAGGAAAAUAUAUCCCGAGUGGACAUGCUGGAGAAAAUAGCUGAGCUGGAUCACAGCCAGAGUCAGCUGAGGGAGCUGAACGCUGAGAUGAGGCACUGGCUGGACGUUGCAGAUGAUGACAUGGCAGGGCUGCGCUCCGAGAACGCCGACCUCAGGAAACAAGUCAAAGACCUGGAGAAGGUCCUCACUGAGCUGCAGCAGGCUGAAUUAGAGCCUUGUGGGCCCCUGUUGGCCGAUGGCGUUGACGAGAAACUAAUCUGUGAGAAAAGGAUUCAGGAACUGGAGAAGGAAACAUUGAAGGUGCAGGAAGAAAACAAGGAGCUAACUACGGAGCUAAAGAACCUUAAACAAGAGCGAGACCAGGACAAGAUCAGUUUGAUCAAACUCAGGAGUGAAUUUGAACACCUUGAGAUUGGGGUGGAGGAAGUUCAGAUGGAGCUGCAGCGUAGGGAUGAGCUGAUUCACCAGAAAACCCAGCAGUGUAAGCACCUGGAGGAAACUGUGGAGGAAUAUUCCAACAUCAUAAAGGACCUCAGGCUGACGAAGCAGGAGCUGAGUACCCAGUUGGAGAACAGACGAGACGAGGCUUCAUUCGCUACCAUGACUGAGGUGAUGAGAGAGGAGGAGGAGGGCCAGCCCAGUCCUCACAUGUCCAUAGCAGAGGAAAUCCAGCUGCUGUUCUCAUCUGCUGAAAUGCAAACCUGCACGGUAGACUCCACGGACCCUCCUGUGACAUCUGGACUGGACGAAAAUGUAGAGGCAGAUGAUGAGGGGCGGCUGAAGCCCCGCAGUCUUCCAGCUGACCUCAUAACCACACGCAGUAACAGAUUUGCUGUUUCUUUGAGGACCACCAUCCGGAAGAUCUUUAUGUUCGGCUUCAUCGCUCUAUGUUUUUUGGCCUUUGUAGUGUUCGGAUGCUGGGUGGGAAACUCCGACAAUCUCUUCAUCAACACUUUGCUGAUGAUGCCGCCCUACGUCACUGUUCACUACAAGGCCCUGCCUCCCAUCUGACCUGUUUUCAACCUGCCGUUUCCAGUCUGAUCUCUGGUUGCCUUGUUGUUGUCUAAACUGAAAGCAAUCCAAGUUGACCAAACUGUAACGCGUGUUCUCUGCCGGAUGUAAUCUGUGACCCAGAAGUAAAGUUUCUAAAAAAGCUGCUUCGGUUUCAGUG